CAGGAAGUCAUUCCCGCACCCCGAUCCCUUCCCUUUCCUAUAUAUAUAUUCCGUUGUUAUCAUAUGCAUGUCUUUCUAGUUUUCGUUUUCCUCUUCUGUUAAAUCACCAGCAGACUAGCAAGAAGAUGUGGAAGCUUAAGAUUGGCGAAGGUGGCGGGCCGUACAUUUACAGUACCAACAACUAUGUCGGCCGACAAAUAUGGGAGUACCACCCUAACGCCGGCACGCCAGAAGAACGAGAAGCGCUUGAAAAUGCCCGCCAAGAGUUCAGAAAAAACCGGGAGAAAGGUUUCCGUGCUUCCAGUGAUUUGUUCAAGAGAAUGCAGAUGAUCAAAGAAAGUGGGGUUGAUGUGUUAAGUCUUCCAGCAAUAAGAUUAAGAGACGGAGAAGAAGUGAACUAUGAGGCAGUCACAACCGCAGUUAGAAAAGCCGUACGGCUGAACCGUGCACUUCAAGCCAAAGAUGGGCACUGGCCAGCUGAGCAUUCUGGACCAAUGUUUUUCAUUCCUCCUUUGAUGAUUGUGUUGUACAUAAGUGGCGCAAUGAAUACCAUUCUGACAUCAGAACACAAGAAAGAAUUAAUUCGAUUUCUCUACAAUCAUCAAAAUGAAGAUGGUGGAUGGGGAUUCUACAUAGGUGGACACAGUACCAUGAUUGGGUCAGCACUCAACUAUGUGGCCUUGCGUUUGCUUGGAGAAGGACCUGAUGACGGUGAUGGUGCCAUUGCUAGGGGUCGAAAAUGGAUUCUUGAUCAUGGGGGUGCUACUCAAAUUCCUUCUUGGGGAAAGGUUUAUCUCUCGGUCCUUGGAGUAUAUGAGUGGGAUGGGUGUAAUCCACUCCCACCAGAAUUUUGGCUUUUCCCUUCCAAUUUUCCAUUCCAUCCAGCAAAAAUGUGGUGCUACAGCCGAUCAACAUACAUGCCAAUGUCAUUCUUAUAUGCUAAGAGAUAUCAUGGGCCACUUACCGAUCUUGUUCUCUCCAUAAGAGCAGAAAUUCAUGUCAAACCUUAUGAUCACAUAAAUUGGAACCGCACUCGCAUGGCUUGUUGUAAGGAGGACAUCUUCUGCCAUCAUACAUUGAUACAAGAUCUGCUGUGGAACACCCUUCAAUACUGCACUGAGCCCAUGAUGAGGCAUUGGCCAUUCAAAAAAAUUAGAGAAAUAGCUGUGAGAAAAGUAAUCAGCCACAUGCGCUAUGGAGCUGAAGUGAGCAGAUACAUUACCACUGGUGCAGUGGAAAAGAGUUUGCAAAUGAUGUGUUGGUGGGCGGAGGAUCCAAGCUGCGAUGAGUUGAAGUACCAUCUGGCUAGGGUUCCAGAUUUUUUAUGGCUUGCAGAAGAUGGGAUGAAAAUGCAGACCUUUGGGAGUCAGAAUUGGGAUACCACUAUGUCCACUCAAGCUAUUAUUGCGACUGGUAUGGUUGAAGAAUAUGGAGAUUGUCUGGAGAAGGCCCAUUUCUAUCUCAAACUAUCACAGAUAAAAGAAAACCCAAAAGGAGACUUCAAAAGUAUGUUUCGCCAUUUCACGAAAGGGUCAUGGACAUUCUCUGAUCAAGAUCAAGGUUUGGCGGUCUCUGACUGCACAGCAGAUGCCCUUAAGUGUUUAGUACUCCUUGGGCAAAUAUCGCCUGAAAUUGCAGGAGAGAAAGUCAAUGUUCAGCGCUUGUAUGAGGCUGUUGAUAUCUGCCUUUAUCAUCAAAGUCCCAAGAGUGGCGGGUUUUCUGUUUGGGAGCCACCCGUUCCACAACCAUACCUCGAAAUGUUGAACCCCUCUGAAAUCUUUGCAGAUAUUGUUGUAGAAGGAGAGCAAGUAGAAACUACUGGAACUAUAGUCAGUGGCCUUGCAGUCUUCAAACAUCAUUAUCCAGAUUAUAGAUCAAAAGAAGUUAAUGUCUCUAUUGCAAAGGCCGCACAAUACCUUGAAAAUGAGCAGCAAGCAGAUGGAUCAUGGUAUGGGUAUUGGGGAAUUUGCUUCCUCCAUGGUACUUGCUUUGCCCUAUUAGGGCUAACAGCUGCGGGAAAGACUUAUGAGAAUUGUGAAGCCAUCCGUAAAGCUGCUCACUUCAUCCUGUCAAAACAGAACCAUGAGGGUGGCUGGGGAGAAUGCCUUCAAUCUUGCCCAACCAUGAGGUACAUAGCGCUUGAAGGGAACCGUACGAAUUUGGUACAAACAUCAUGGGCAAUGCUAGGGCUUAUGUACACUGGACAGGCUGAGAGAGAUCCAACUCCUUUACACAGAGCAUCAAAGUUAUUGAUCAAUGCACAAAUGGAAGAUGGAGAUUUCCCUCAACAAGAAAUCGGUGGAGCCUUCAUGAAGAAUUGCAUGUUGCACUAUGCACAACAUAGGAGUUAUUUCCCAUUAAUGGCAUUGACAGAGUAUCGCAAUCGUGUGUGGAUGCAAAAAAGCAACUAAAAUUCAAAUAAAAUGUUGCAUGUUUAAUUGUAUGUAGUAUCCAUUUAGCAUCCUAGUUAGCCUGUAAUCAUAUGAUCUGAUAUGAUGUAUACUA